CGUCCGUCCUCCUUGACGUCAUCAUCCGGCAGGGUCGCACAGUAACGACGUCACGCAACCGGGAAGCACACGAGGAAAGCCAGGAAACGUUUAGCCAACGCGAGUCCAUCACAAUACUUAUUAAGCAGGCCGGCGGUCAUGUCUCUGAACAAGUCCAUGCAUCCCAGGAACCGCUACAAAGACAAACCACCAGACUUUGCCUACCUGGCCUCCAAAUAUCCACAAUUCCAACAGCAUGUGAACACCAACAUGAGUGGGCGAGCUGUAGUGAAUUUUAAGGAGCCGGAGGCCGUGAGAGCGCUGACCUGCACCCUGCUAAAGGAGGACUUUGGUCUGACCAUCGAGAUCCCUCUGGAGCGUCUCAUACCCACCGUGCCCCUGCGCCUCAACUACAUCCACUGGGUGGAGGAUCUCAUCGAUGGUCAGAAGCAACCACGCAGAGGCAUUGACAUCGGCACGGGUGCGUCCUGCAUCUACCCCUUGCUCGGAGCCACAAUGAACGGCUGGUUCUUCCUUGCCACUGAGGUGGACGAUAUCUGCUUCGACUACGCUACCAGGAACGUGGAGCAGAACCGUUUGUCUGACCUCGUUAAAGUGGUCAAAGUCCCCCAGAAGACUCUGCUGAUGGACGCCCUGAAAGAAGAGACCGAGAUUGUGUACGACUUCUGCAUGUGCAACCCUCCGUUUUUUGCCAACCAGCUGGAGGCCAAGGGGGUCAAUUCAAGGAACGCACGGCGGCCUCCUCCCAGCUCCGUGAACACAGGCGGGGUGACGGAAAUCAUGGCGGAGGGCGGCGAACUGGAGUUCGUUAAGAGGAUCAUUCAUGACAGUCUGCAGCUCAAGAAGCGCUUGCGGUGGUACAGUUGCAUGCUUGGGAAGAAGUGCAGCCUGGCACCGCUGAAAGAAGAGCUGAGGAAGCAAGGGGUGCCCAAAGUGACGCACACAGAGUUCUGCCAGGGUCGCACUAUGCGCUGGGCGCUGGCCUGGAGCUUCUACGAUGAUGUCACCGUCCCCUCGCCCCCCAGUAAGAAGCGGAAGCUGGAGAAAGUGCGUAAGCCUCUGUCCUUCACACUCCCAGAGGUGGCUGUCAAAGAGCUGCAGGUCAAGGCCCGCGCUCUGGGCUGCACCGGGCGCCAUCCCGCGGACGCCGUCACAUCCCUGCUGGAGAAGACGCUCACGGAGCUGCGGGUGCUGCACAAAGGUGUUCCGUGCCAGGAGGGCGAGCGGAGCCUCCACCUGACGGCCGUGGAGAACACCUGGCUGCACGGACGCCAGAAGCGACGCGAGCAAACCCGACACUUGCGAGAGCUGCCCAGAGCGCCUCAAGGCGCCGCGGCCGCCACCUGCACGCCGCCACCUCGCCGAGACGAGCAGGAAGAGCCCUCGCGGGAGUCGGCUGCGGAGCGCCUUGGCGAAAGCGCGGCGGCGGAAACGCUCGCCACAGGUGGAGCAGGCGAGGAGAAGGUUGCAGGUGUGGAAAAAAGGUGUGCGUCAGAAACAGGUGUCCCCGAGGACGCGGCGAAAGCGUCGGAGGAGCACUUCCUGUUCAAGUGUCUGCUGAACGUGCUGCAGGAGGACAGCGACGCGGUGGUGGAGAUGCACUGGAUGCAAGGCGACAACAAAGACCUGAUGAACCAGCUGUGCACCUUCCUCAGGAACUCACUCCUAAGGUCUGUUGCCAAGUCCUGAUCACUUUUACACUGCAGUAUUCCUCGGACUACAUCGCUACAUUUACAUGCUUCAAUCGCCAAAACAUUUGCAAUAAAUGUUGUUGUUUUUUUUAAAUGAAA